AUGGGGAGGCUCCUCAAGUUUCUACAGAAACUGGUCUUCCUGGGUCAGGGCCACCGGUACAAGGCGCUGGAAAGGGACGAGGUAGAGACCUUGAUUGAUGACCAGUGUGAGCUGAAAGCCAUCGAAAGAGAAAAGACAGUCACAGCGCUGCCACCCAGGGAAGCGUGUAAAUGCAGCAAAGAGGAUUUGGCCAGAGCCUUCCAUGUGGACCUGGACAGUGGCCUGUCAGAGAUGGCAGUGGCCCAGCGCAGGCUGGUCCAUGGCUGGAAUGAGUUUGUCACUGAUAACGCUGAGCCCGUGUGGAAGAAGUACCUGGAUCAGUUCAAGAACCCCCUGAUCCUGCUGCUACUGGGCUCAGCCGUGGUGAGUGUCCUCACCAAGGAGUAUGAAGACGCCAUCAGCAUCGCCCUGGCCGUGCUCAUCGUGGUGACUGUUGGCUUCAUCCAGGAAUACAGGUCCGAGAAAUCUCUGGAAGAGCUGACCAAGCUGGUACCUCCAGAGUGCAACUGCCUGAGGAAUGGCAAGCUCCAGCAUAUGCUCGCACGAGACCUGGUUCCAGGAGACAUCGUGUCCCUGUCCAUCGGAGACCGGAUCCCUGCCGACAUCCGACUCAUUGAGGUUACAGACCUCCUGGUGGACGAAUCCAGUUUCACAGGAGAAGUCGAGCCAUGCAGCAAAACAGACAGCCCGUUGGUGGGCGGCGGGGAUCUCAGCACCCUGAGCAACGUGGUCUUCAUGGGGACCCUGGUGCAGUGUGGGAAGGGUCAGGGAGUGGUGAUCGGAACCGGGGAACAGUCUCAGUUUGGAGAAGUGUUCAAGAUGAUGCAGGCGGAGGAGACGCCUAAAACUCCCCUGCAGAAGAGCAUGGACAGGCUGGGCAAGCAGCUGACCAUCUUUUCCUUUGGCAUCAUUGGUCUCCUGAUGCUGGUUGGUUGGAUGCAAGGCAAGCCCAUUCUCAGCAUGUUCACUAUCGGGGUCAGCCUGGCUGUGGCGGCCAUCCCAGAGGGGCUGCCCAUCGUUGUCAUGGUGACGCUGGUCCUGGGGGUGCUGAGGAUGGCUAAGAAGCGGGUCAUUGUGAAGAAGCUGCCCAUCGUGGAGACUCUUGGCUGCUGUAACGUCAUCUGCUCUGACAAGACAGGCACACUGACAGCCAACGAAAUGACAGCGACCCAGCUCGUCACAUCCGAUGGGUUCCACGCUGAGGUCAGUGGAGUUGGGUACAGCGGCGAAGGGACUGUGUACCUCCUCCCAUCCAAGGAAGUAAUCAAGGGAUUCAGCAAUGUUUCGGUGGGGAAGCUGGUGGAGGCAGGCUGCGUCGCCAACAACGCUGUCAUCAGGAAGAACACUGUAAUGGGACAGCCCACAGAAGGGGCCUUGAUAGUGCUGGCCAUGAAGAUGAACUUAGGUGGUGUCAAAGAUUCCUACACACGGAGAAAAGAGAUUCCCUUCAGCUCAGAGCAGAAGUGGAUGGCAGUGAGGUGCAGCCUGAAGAAUGAGGAUCAGGAAGACGUUUACUUCAUGAAGGGGGCCUUUGAGGAAGUAAUCCAUCACUGUAGCAUGUACAACAAUGGGGGCAUCCCCCUGCCUCUGACGCCCCAACAGAAGUCCUGCUGGCAGCAGGAAGAGAAGAAGAUGGGGUCGCUUGGCCUGCGGGUGCUGGCCCUGGCAUCUGGGCCCGAGCUGGGGAGACUGACAUUCCUGGGUCUGGUGGGUAUCAUCGACCCCCCGAGGGCUGGCGUCAAGGAAGCAGUCCGGGUCCUCUCGGAGUCUGGUGUGUCAGUGAAGAUGGUGACAGGAGAUGCCUUAGAGACGGCCAUGGCCAUAGGAAGAACCAUCGGCCUGUGCCACGAGAAGCCGAAAGCCAUGUCUGGAGAGGAGGUGGAAGGCAUGGAGCAGGACGCACUGGCUGCCCGAGUGAGGCAGGUGUCUAUAUUCUUCAGGACCAGCCCAAAGCACAAGGUUAAAAUCAUAAAGGCAUUGCAGGAGUCAGGGGCCAUUGUAGCCAUGACGGGGGACGGUGUGAAUGAUUCAGUCGCCCUGAAGUCUGCGGACAUCGGGAUCGCCAUGGGCCAGACAGGGACGGACGUCAGCAAAGAGGCUGCCAACAUGAUUCUGGUGGACGAUGACUUCUCAACUAUUAUGAGCGCGGUGGAGGAAGGCAAAGGCAUCUUCUACAACAUCAAGAACUUCGUCCGCUUCCAGCUGAGCACGAGUAUUGCAGCCCUGAGCCUCAUUACCCUGUCCACCGUGUGCAACCUGCCCAGCCCCCUCAAUGCCAUGCAGAUCCUGUGGGUGAACAUCAUCAUGGAUGGGCCGCCGGCGCAGAGCCUGGGGGUGGAGCCUGUGGACAGAGAUGCCCUGCGGAGGCCUCCCCGGAGCGUCAGGGACACGAUCCUGAACAGAGCCCUGAUCCUGAAGGUCCUCAUGUCAGCUGCUGUCAUCAUAGGAGGGACCCUCUUUAUCUUCUGGAGAGAGAUCCCAGAGAAUGGGACCAGCACUCCACGCACCACCACCAUGGCCUUCACCUGCUUCGUGUUUUUCGACCUCUUCAAUGCCCUAAGCUGUCGCUCUCAGACCAAGCUGAUAUUUGAGAUUGGCUUCUUCCGGAACCGCAUGUUCCUCUACUCGGUCCUCGGGUCCCUUCUCGGGCAGCUGGCUGUGAUCUAUGCCCCGCCCCUGCAGCGGGUCUUCCAGACAGAAAACCUGAGAGCUCUGGACCUGCUGCUGUUAGCUGGCCUGGCCUCGUCUGUCUUCUUUCUGUCGGAGCUGCUCAAGCUGUGUGAGAAGUUCUGCUCCGGAGGCAAGACCCCCCAGACGUUCCCAGGGGCCGUGUGAAGGAACCAUUGUCCCAGCCCUCAGUGACCACGCAGCAUCAGGACCCUGGCUCCACCUGUCCUGACCUGCUGGGAUGCACAGGUCAGGACGGAGCUUACUAAAACAUGGCACUAUUUAUUAAACCACCGUGUUUUUUAUUUAACCUGUCUUUCUGUGCUUGAGCAAUGUGGCCCCAUGUGAUGAUGGCACAGGGUGACCAGGAGCACGGCCACGAUGCCCACAGCCAUCCCCCUUGAGACCUUGCUUCCUCAUUUGAUGAGGGCUUAAGGGCAGUUCUGUAAAGAGCUGUCUCACGAUUUGGGGUUCAAUCCCCAGUGUUCAAAAGAGAUUCCACAAGUAUGAUUUAUGCAAAAAUCUGAUUAAAAGCAAAAACAAGGUGGUGCCACUGAGCGGGGAUAGGCAUUAGUCAUCUAAAAAGCCGAAACGCCACAGAGCUGCUCCCUUACACUCGCUGUGACGAAGUACACAGACGCCUUGUGUUUGCAAAGUUCUCACUCCACAGACGCCAAAAUAAAACCCUAAAGUUUUUUCAGAAUUCCACAUCCACUUCUGACAGGGGUGCCUCAUAAACACUAACACACAUGGAAGCUCCCUCCCCCACAAAAAAGCAGAUACAUCAGAGCACGUGCCGACAUCAUGCCUCGUGGAGAAAGACCAGAGCCUCUCCAUGAGAGGGAGGAGGAGUCGGUGUUGUGGAGCUGAGCACACACCUGACAUGCCAGCUACUCAGGAGGCUGAGGAAAAAGGAUUACCACUCAAGGCCUGCCUGGGCAGCUCAGCGGGACUCAUGAUCCCCCUGCCUCUGCCUCUGAGUGAAAAGGGCUGGGGCUUGGCACCAGAGUGUCUGCCUGGCCUGGACGAGGCCCUGGGCUGUUCCACACUGAAAACCAUAAAGGAAUCACGGCAGUGUGUGAUAAUGCCACUAGAGGAGCAACGCCUGCACACUCAGGACAAUACACAUGAACAAAACCAUCCCGCCGGCGGCUGCCAGAGCCAGCUGGACCUGCACCGUAGCAUCGCUCACUCGCCAGCAGCACCGGCUCUCGGGUCCUCCACACUUCCCUCUCAGGAGGGGGAGCCCGAGCUUACGUCUCAAGAAGCUGGACACGUGAUUCUGAGACACUCAUAGCUGAGGGUCAUGACACAAAAGGACUCAGCAAGCUUCAGGGACAAAGUUCACACACGUGUGCCCAUGUGUGCUCAAGUAUACUCAUAGGCAUAUGUCACAUGCACAAGUGCACCUGCACACAGGCAUACAUCUCACAGGCAUACAUCUCACACACACACACACACACACACACACCCCUGCCUGCGCACAGGCGUAUGUUACGUGCAUACAUGUGUACCCACACACAGGUAUAUGCCAUACAUGUACAUGUGCACCUAAACACAGGCAUAAGCCACACACACAAAGAGGUAUGUGUGUCGGUACCUGUACACACCACGCAGUAUCUUCACGUCAGCUCCUGUGUUCACUCACUUCAUGCGAGCAUCUGGCCAUAGUUGGCUCUUCUGUCAGGGGCGGGGGCUGAGCAUCUGGGAAGUGAGCUUCUGUCUUUUACGGAGCUGAGUGGACAUUUUCUUAACCAGUGGUUAAUGAACACAAGCAGGCUCUUGAAUCUACCUCCGAGUUACAGCCUCGGCCAUCUGACUUUUAAAAACGGUCAUCAUGCCACUGAAGUUCAGAGAAAAGCAAACCUAAGAGGCCAUUCCAGACUACAGGAGGGAAAGAACCCUUGCUUCACCUUUUGCUGUAAAACUCGUUUUACUCAUUCAUUUUUUUAUUUUGUUUUUUCAAGACAGUGUUUAUUUGUGUAGCCCUGGCUGUCCUGGAACUCGGUCUGUCGACCAGGCUGGCCUCUAACUCAGAGAUCCUCUUGCCUCUGCCUCCCAAAUGCUGGGAUUAAAGGUGUGUGCCACCACACCCACCCCUAAAACUCCAGUAUUAAAACAUAAGGAAGAUGCUGGAAUUCACAUAGAAAGUCAGUUGAUUAGAAAGUAGCUUAAGGGGCUGGAGAGAUGGUUGAGUGGUUAAGAGCACUGGCUAUUCUUCCAGAGGGCCUGAGUUCAAUUCCCAGCACCCACGUAGCAACUCACAACCAUCUAUCACUAUAGUCUCAUGCAAUCCGAUGUCCUCUUCUGGUGUGCAGACAGACAUGCAGACAAAAUGCCCUUUUACACAUAAUAUAGAAAUAAAAUAAAACUUUAAAGCAAGUAGCGUAUGUAGAGGAAAGGCAUACCAUUUAACGCAGGGGACUGAGGAGAUGGCUCACUGCGUAAAGAGGAGCCAAGAAAGCCUGAUAACCCGGGUUCAAGCCCUGCUACAGGAGUGUGCAUCUGUAACCCCAACACUCCUACAGCAGGACGCGCUGCAGGGACAGGACAGCCUCCCAGGAUCUCAGGCCAGCUAGCCUGCAGUGGACAGCAAGGCAGCAGAAAUAAGAGACCCUUAUCAACAUGGUGGGAGGUGAGAACUGACUCCAACUGUCCUCUGACCUCCAUACUCACAUAAGUGAUUUUAAAAUAAAUUUUUUUUAAAAAAGCAUUAGAACUUUAGGGAUGAGAUAUAGCUUAAAAAAUACUUUGGGCCAAAGAUAUAUAACCAGAAACCACAGGAAUAGCAGAAGUGCAGAAGUAGGUGACCUUUUCUAUCCCGAGUGGAGGGUGUGCAGUUGCUUAAGAGAGGAUGCUGACAAGUGUGACGUAACAUCUAAGAUUUAUGGGCAGAAAAACCGCCCCAGAUAAAGCUGAAUAAACUAAGAAGAAUCUUAACCACUCCAAAUAAGCAUGGUGUUGCUUUGACAAAAGCUGGGUUGUUGUUGUUUUUCAUUUUUGAAAUGUUUGUUUUUAUUUUAUGCAUGUAUUGGUUUGCUUACAUGUGUGUCUGUGCACCACUGUGUGCGCCUGCUGCCUCGGAGAGGGCCCUGGGUUCCCUGGACCCGGAUUUAACCGGCAGUUAGGAGCUGCUAUGUGGCUGAUGGGAAUUGAACUCAGGCCCUCUGGAAGUGCAGCCAGUGCUCUUAAAUGCUGACUCAUCUCUCCAGCCCUCAAAAAAAAAAAUCUCUUAUAAACCAAAGUGGAGAAAAACACCCUAGAAAGCCAGAGGGACACUGUCUUAGGGUUUCACCAUGACCACAGCAGCCCUUAUAAAUGAAAACAUUUAACUGAGGUGGUGGCUUCCAGUUCAGAGGUUUAUCCAUUAUCAUCAUGGCGGGGAGCAUGGCAGCUGGGAGUAUGGCGGUGUGCAGGCAGACAUGGCGCCGGAGAAUUCUACGUCUUGAUCCAAAGGCAACGGGAAGUGAACUGUUUCACCGGGCACGGUUUGAGACUUCAAAGCCUGCCCCACAGUGACACACUUCCUCUAACAAGGCCACACUUCCCAGUAGUGCCACUCCCGCUGGGAUUUCUUUCAAACCACCCCAGACACUUGGAAAAAUGAAGCUGCCCACCGCCACUCCUCGGGGAGCAGGCACUCAGUAUGUUACAGGGGCGAAAGGAAGUCAAGAGCCCUGUCACACCUCAGCCGGGCAUGGUGGGGCACCAUGGAGUGGUCACAGCACUCGAGAGGCAGAAGUAGGGGGGAUCAUGACUCCAAGGCCAGUCUAGGCUACAUAGGAGACCCUGCCUCAAAAAGCCAAGGGCUGGGGACACAGCACAGUAGUGAGCACUUCCCUAGCACACACUAGACUGGGUUGCACUCCACAGCAUUACCAAAAAGAAUGAAAAGGGGGGAAAGCAUCUUACACCAACUAGUCACUCAGUUCAUCCUAGAGACACAAUGCCAGACUCAGGAUGGUCACUAUGGCAACAACAAGCCUCCAGGAAGAUGCUGGCCUGCCUAACGGGAUGGAACAUCUGCGGAGCUGACAGAGACAGCGGGAGAGGAGACGGGGAAGCCCUGAGCAACGCCCACUGGAAGUCGUACUGUGUUCAAACACAGCUGUGCCCCAGUGUGCAGAGGGUGGCCUCCAGAGGAGCCCAGAGGAGGAGGGGGCGGGGCAUGCCUGCCCAGAGCUGUCCUUUCCUGUCUCCUCCUUUCCAGCACCUCAUUCCAGCAUUCGUUCUAACAACAACCGGGUUUGCAGCAUGGUCUCUGUUUCUUACCUCUUCCUUCAAGCGCUUUCUGGGCUCGGAUCAGGCCCCAUGCGUAAGGAGGUCUCUGGCGCUCACAGCUGAAUUCUUGUUCCAGUUUCUCAAAAGACCACACUCCUCAUUUGGAAGACAUGAGAAGUUCCUCAGGGCCUAGCUGACACUCCACACACGUUUGUGUUCUGAGAGAUGUGUGUGUGUGUGUGUGUGUGUGUGUGUGUGUGUGUGUAGAAGCAGAGCCUGUCACCUGUACCCCAAGAGGGCUCCCAGGCC